AUGCCCGAGUGGAUGAAGUACAACGCCGAAACCGACACCUUCACCGUCACCCCCACCGACGCCACCACCAUUUUCUACCACGACCUCCCCCCCGGCGCCGCCUCCCUCAUCGCGUCGCUCCGCUCCCACAGCGCAGGCUUCUUCUUCAGCACCACCACGCACGCGGCCUGGACGCACAUCCCGUCUACGUAUCUGAUCGGCAUGGCGGACCGGACGCGGUUCACGGCCGCGGUGUCGGAGUUGAUGAUUCAAGGGGCGAGGGGGGUGGAGAAGAGUGCGUUUGGUGUUGUGGAACGAGUGGACGGUAGGAGCGCUGAGGAGGACGGCGGGGGAGGCGGUGUAGGAUGUGUGGGUGGGGUGUGA